AGCAUCGCAGUCGGCUAGGUCAGCGUUUGAGUGUGAUACCGUCUCCCAGAGCUGUGAAGCUGUAGCAACCAUUGACCAGCAGCCAGAGCGAAAGGGUAUCCGAACUCCUGAAACGACGCGUUGCUCCUACCAACUCACUCGGAAACAAUGGAGUACUACGCCAUUUUUAUCCCGGACAAAAAGCCCGACUUCUCCAUCAAGGGCUUUUACGUCGAUAAGGCAGAGGCGCUGUCCGUGCUGAAGCAACACAAGGAGGCUCGCAUGAAAGCGUUCCCGUCGUCCGAGGAGGCGGUAUAUUUUUACCUCAAUGGACCGUCGGAGACGUUCAACAAAAGUACGCCUGUUACUGUGACGACUCCUUCGCCGAUGAGCAAACCGAUCAAGUCGCUGUUUGUAGCGCCGACCAGCCAGAAGUUGGUGGCCUUCCGCAAGAUGAUCGAGGCGAACAACAUUGCCGAGGUGACGGCGACGAUUCGGAACCCGCGCUUCCUGGUCAGCUCGGGCGAUACGCCGACGAUCCUCAAGGAGGGUCCGCGCUACAACGCGCUGCACAUCACGGCCAUCGAGGGGCGCGGCGAAAUCUGCCGGCUGAUACUGCAAACGAUCGAGAACAGUUCCUACAUCGAGAAGCUGCACGGCCAGCGGACGAAUUCGACCGACGAAGUGAGCACCAUCCUGCUGGAUCUGUACCUCAACACGCCGGACAAGUGCCGCAGCGAGACGCCGCUGCACUUCGCCGCCAAGCAUGGUUCGGUCGACGUGGUGCGGGAGCUGAUCGCGUACCCACAGUGCCACGUGACGCCCAACUCGGACGGGCUGUACCCGCGGGAGAUCAUCUGCAGCCGGGCGAAGCCGCACUGCGCCACGCCGGAGGUGCGCGAAGCGAUUCGCAGCCUGCUGGAGGAGCGGUUCUUCGUGCCGCUGGUGCGCUACGAGGACAAUCUGAUACCGCCGGUCGUCGGCAAGCCGUUCACGCCGACGCGCACCGCCACCGUGCCGAUCGUGGAGGAUUCGCGCUCGCCCACGAUCAGCCCGAAGGGCGAGGUGAAGGCGUACGCCGGACCGAUGGAUCGCAGCAAGGCGGACUCGUUCUACCGGCGCUGGAAAACACCACCCCGGUUGGUCGUGCUCGGCGCGGAACGGAUGGAUGGGGUGCACAGCGAGCAGCUGGGCCUUCGUUCGUGCUCCACGCCGAUCAAACUGCGCACACAACCCCGCCAGCUGUUUGCCAAUCGCUCGCUCGACAACGCGCUGCUCGGCGGUGCACACCAGGAAAACAACAACGCCGACGAUGACUCGCUGCUCGAGGGUUCCCUUUCGAACAGCUCGCUGUUGUCGAGCGGCAUCCCAGAGGAGGAGGCGCCAGUGGAAGAGGACACCAAUGGAAACCAUGUGCGUGUAACGGCGCCGGCGGUGGCGAGCACACCGUUCCGUCUGUUCCACCAGUAUCGCAACCUGGCGAGGGACGACAUGGACAGCAGCCUCGACUCGGACGCGGGCUCGAUCGGCGAGGCCAGCUUUAGCUACCUGUGCGACAAAACGCGCACCCUCUACGACCGGUCGCGGCUGUGCGAGACGCCCACGCACCGGGAACGGUCGCUGCGGCUAUCCAAUAUCGACAAGGGCCUGGAAACGUUGGGCCGCACGCUGGCGAGCAACGAGAGCGUCGGCUGGAAGGAGUACUGGAACUUUCUCGGCAAGUUUUGCGAUCUGACCAGCGCGGAGGGCUUGCAGCUGUUCGAGGAGUACCUGGCCAAUGCCAGCGAACCCCAGAUCACACCCGACAAGGAGGAGAAACCCGGCAGUCCAGCCGGUUCGGCAUUGCAGCAGCAGCAGCAGCAGCUACCGGAAGUCGGCGGUCCGGUCAACGCCAACACCAGCAUCAGCGUGCUGUGCGAUGGCAUGCAAAAGUUCACCAUCCGGGAGGCCUCUUCGCAGUUGAUCGGUGACUGCCAGCCGCUUGAGGUGAUCCCGCAGCAGCAGCAAGUCUCCAACCCCUAUCUGUGUGUCACCUCGUCGCUGAAAGUGUUCGCCACGCGCUUCGUGAUGAACAUGGAAAACAAGGCGCCGCAACCGAAGGGAGCAACGAAUGACGCUAACACCGGCGUCUCCUCCCUGCUGCACAUCGUGCAGAAGCUGGACGCGAUGGUGGACAACUUUCGCAGCGACAGCGUGUUUCGUGAUAUCGACUUUCACAAGGCGCACACGCUGUUCGUGUGCCUCGUGCUGAGCCUCGCGGCGGAUCACAGCAGCACGCGGGAUGUGCCCUGGCUGGGGCUGCUCAGCUCGCCGCACGUCAGCCAAGCGCAGGCCAACAACAACAACAGCAGCUUCGAGUGCAUCCGGACGCUGCUCCUCUCGACGCUGCGCGACCGCGGGCGCGUGCCGACGAAGCUGGCCGUCGACUCGGAGGCCGACUGCCGGCGGCUCUGGCUGGAGGAGAGUCUCAUCACGCCGUGCGACUGCAACUACGUGCCACCAUUGAACGGGAGCAGCAGGCGCACGAAGGACCGACUGAAGCGCCGCGAGGAACGGGUGAAGCGCUUGAUGAUGGACAUCGGGCCGGCGUCGAACGCGUCCGCCGCCCCCGGGAGCAACCUGGUCGUCGACUUUAGCACCUAUCGCUCCAUCCAAGCCAUACCGUCCCCGACCAGCACGCCACCGGCGCUCGCUGCAAUAAAUCGGGGCGAUUCGAGCGAGGACGACGAUAUCUAUUUGAGCUGCAGCGACACGGAGGAGGAGGAGGAGGAGGAGGAUGAGCGGGAGGAGAAUGUGGGACUGCAGAACGGAACGGUCCACAGCAACGACGACGAGGACGUGUUCUUUACGCCCCCGUCGAGCCCGACACGCCGAUCGAAAGCCUCCACCUGGGACACGAAUAACAACACCGCUGCCGCCCAACCCAUGGCGCCGGCUCUGGCUCCCACACUCGUCGACGACGACGACGACGGCGACGGCGGUGGCGAUACCACGACGCAUACGUUCAUCUCCGGCACGGCUGCCCCGACCAAGCAGGACUUCGAUGUGUGGACGGCGCUGGGCGGCAUCGAGAUCGAUCGGGGCCAGUAUCCGCACGUGCACGCGUGGAAGGAGGCGAUGGGUGACCACAUCGCGACCAGCACCAACCAUGAUCCGGACCAGCACCGCCGACCGCAUUUACUAAACCUCAGCACCGAAGCCAUCGUUUUGUAAGCGUGUUUACACGCGCCCUUCCGGAGGUUUGUUUGGAAAACAGCCUCCGCCCCCCUUUCCACUGACCCGGAACAACACUGGAACGGAACAUCAACAAUCGCCUAGGUUUACGCAUCGGGAGGCCCAAGUAGGCCUUGUCCCCAAAACUCUCGGAUUCCGGAGGUGUACAAAGCCACGAUUCCAGCGCGAAAUGCGAGCGCGGAAAACAUGCUUGUGAUGAUCCCGGUUGAUGAAAUCGAUUUUGUAUAUAUAUAUAUUAUUUAUAAUAAAAAUCCAUUUUA